GUGUGUGUGUGGUGGUAGUUUUGUUUUGGAAUCAUCAUCGUCCAUAUUUUUCACUCGCUGUCUAUUUUUAAUGAAACAUAAACAUUUAAUUGCUCAUCUGUGCACAGUUCCCUAAACCCUUUUGCUGUGCCAGUUCGUUUCGCCUUUGCUUAUAUGUGUGUAGAAUAAAGGUAAACGUUAUUAGCGUAUGAGUUAAUCAGCACUUGGUGGCCUUCUUUCUUUGUUUUGCAAUUCGAAUGAAGGCAAUUGUGCAGUGAAAAUAUUGGGCAGAAAGUUCCGUCCGUACCGAUCGCUUGCGAAUUGUAGAGUGAUGUUCACGCUUUACUGCCUGGCCUCGUAAAUUGAUUCAGUGUUUAGUGAGUAUACGUUUAGGAAUUACAUAAACGCAACUUGCUUGGAUGGGCAAGAGUGAAUCAUGAGUAGUGUGUGUCUGUAUGCAUACUAUGCUCGCUAGUGGUCUCAUAAAGCGUACUGUGGGUGAAUGAAUCAUAUCGAACAGAAAUUUGGUUGCCCUUGUGUGUUUAUGCAUGAACAACAACAAUUACAACGAGCCUGCGAGCCGAGAUCAGAAGAUAAAAAUGGAUCCGACGCAGAUCACGGCGCUGGCAAAGCUGCUGAAGGAAAGCGGUGAUAAAGUGUUGAACUCGCAGUUCAAACUAUCCCUAUCAGGAUCGUUGCUCCGCGCACUGAACGACUCGUUCAGUUUGAUCGUGGACAAAAAUGAGAUGCUUCCUCCCCAGAGCUUUCAGGUGGUGAAACCGAACAACGCCAAGUCGGACGUGUUUCGGGAGCUGCAGUUCGUGUACGAUUUCGUCCAGAAAACCGUCAUCCUGAGCCUGAACCAGUUCGUCAACGAUGAUCCGUAUGAAUUUGCGGUGGAUAUUAGCAAGUUUCGUAGCUUACGCACGCUCGAGGUGCAAAAGAUUCCCAUCAAUCAAAUCGUCGGGCUGCAGUAUCUCCGCAGCCAGCUGCAGGAUUUGACCUGCAUGAGAAGCAUUUCCGAGGUGGCGGAUGUACUGGUCGGCUGCGGAGGGGACAAAGCCACCGACAAAAAACCAUGGCGUUCACUGAGAAGCAUAAACUUUGCUUACAAUAUGUUGGACUACGUGGACUGUUCGCUGGAGUACGCUUCGUGGCUUGAGGAGUUAAACUUAAGCCACAACCAGCUGGUAAAUGUGUUCGCUUUACGAAGUCUUCCAAAUUUGCGGGUGGUGAAUCUUAGCUACAAUCGUCUCAAUCAAAUCCCCGCCUUUCACAUCGAUGCAAUGAGAAAAAUCAAGGUUCUGCUGCUGUCGAACAACUUUCUAGAAGAUCUGGAUGGGCUGGCCUGUUUGUCGUGCAGCUUAAGUGAGCUGGAUUUGUCCGGGAACUUCAUCGUAGAUCACGGCAUCCUACUGCCGCUGAGCACACUGGUUGCGCUGCGCAGUGUAAAUCUGCUGGAGAAUCCGCUUGCAUGCCAUCCGAAGCACCGACAGGCCACAGCACGGUAUCUCAAUAAAGCAACGUCCCAGGUGAAGUUUACGCUGGAUAACGAACCACUGUCACGAUACGAAAAGACCCUCACCGGUAAUUACGACAGUUACAAAGCAAUACUCGUACCGAAUGCAGUGACGGGCUCGAAUUUAAACCUUAGUGGACGAAACACACCGGCCUCUAGCGCCACUACAAUAGCUGCCGAUGGGGAUUAUGAUCUGCCCGGGGGAAGCUAUAAGGGGCCCAAUGAUGAAAGAGACCAAAUGAAUCAAUCCGUAAUCAGCCAAAAGAAAUUGCGAGUACGACGAGCGGUCAUAUCGGAAAGCGAGAACGAGGAUUCAAACACAAGAAAAUAUUCAGUGGACGCUGGCAAAGUGAUUGAUUCUAUGAUAACAGAGAGCAAUCGUGAACAUUUGGAGACGAAAAAAACGUUGGAAGAGCUUCGGAAACAAUAUGGAAGCGAAUGGCUGCAAAGUCAAGCCGGUCACAUAGUUAAGAACGUGAUUGGCUUCGAUCCUGGAAUGGACAAGGAGUAUGAAAGUGUGGCGCACUACCAGCGGACAAAUAGUCAGCUCAGCCCACAGAGGCAAACGGACACACAUAAAAUAGAAGUGCAUGUAGAACAAGAGCGUACCAGCACACCGAUUGGUGACGAACGUGCGCUGUUUCAUAUACAAAACUUAAAAGAAUCGCCCGUUCAAAAGGAUUGUUUGUCGGACACCGGGAACACGAGCUCUGACUACAAAAGUGUUCCCAGUAACAUCGGGGAUACGAAGUACGAAUCCGUGGACCAGAACACGGUAGGCACGAGCACAAAGGGAUCGUUGAAUUUAACGGAUAUCUACAAGAAUCAAGAGGACGUUGAUGAAGAAUCUGAGGUUGAAGAUAACGAAGUAUUGUAUCAUGUAUCAACACGCGGCAAUGGGUCAGAUUUGUCGAUCGUAGUCUCGGACAAGAGUAUCAAGGAGAAGGAUGUGGUUGGAAAAACAAAAACGCGCUGGGGUAUCAAAACGUUGGAAGCUUGCGAACGAUCCACUUCCUCACAGAUAACACUAACGUUCGACACAAUGAAACGUGAUAAAAGGGAACGCGUAUACGAGAUGGAUGCUCACGAUUGCCAACUGUUGGAGAACCGACUUCGCAACAUGUUGUCACAGCGUCCGCUGUCUGAAAUGAACCAGCGCCUUUACAAAUGUGUAGUAUGCAAUGCCAAAUUUUCACGUGAAGUGAACGCCAAGCGUCUGUUCGAUGAUCUACAAUGUCCGGAAUGUUUCGGUGGCUAUUGUAUUGAAAUAAAGGAGCAGCAGCUAGAGAAGGAUGCAGCAGUACCCGCCGCUGGUUCAGGCGUUGGUGAGAGCAGCAAAACAUCAUUUGCCCAACCUACGUUAGGUUCCAGCAGCGACGUCUCCAGCGCCGUACCCGGACCAUCUGGUACACACAUACUCGAUUCUGCGAUGAUGCAUAACAGUUCUUCAAAAAAUAGCCUAGUGCACCCGGAAGUAUGGAAAUCACCGGUGAAAACUGAUCAGAAAUCCAGUGAAUCAUUCAAUGAUUCUUCGUCGGUUUCGCGUAUAUCCCCUCCGGGAAGCUCGUGCGAUUCGAACCAAAGCGUGGCGGGAAGCACCAAUUCGGAACGUGACCGAGAUGCCGAUUUGCUGGGCAACGAAAGUGAUAUAGAAGUUCUGAGCAAUCCUAGCCAAAGCAGCAUUGAAGUGCUCGAUCGAGGGUACCACCCCAGCAGGAAGGCUUCAGAAGAACGAGUCAUUUCUGGCCUGGAAGCAAUAAAUAUUAGCAGUGUGGAUGCCGUGCGACAAAAUCCGAGCGAUAGUAAGGACGACGAAGACGUGGGUGCCAGCUUACGAACUAAGCUGGAUGCAAGUUUGGAUGAAACCUUGAAGCAAGCGUUCGGCGGCACUGCUAAAGAGAGCGUCAAGGAUGAUGGAACGAUGGCAAAAAGUGCAUACGCAGCAAAGCUUCAGACAUCUCACGCGAACAAAAAAGCGUUCUUGGCGAACGUAAAUUUGACGGAAAGCUCCAGUUCCGGCUCGGUAACCGAUAGUGUGUGCACGGCCUAUGAAUCCAGCCAAGGAAUAUCAUCGGAUGGUUCGGUUUUGAAACAAGCCGCGAAGGAAUCGGCGCUGGGAGAACACGCUCAAUCGCAAGACCGAUCGGUGGACGAUCGUAAGGUGGCGAAUGAAGCUGUACCGGCAAAUAGUGGUGGUACAUCGAAGGCCGACAGUUCCGUGCUUACCAGCGUGCUAGGGGGCUUGUUCCAGUCCACCAACAUGCUCAUGGCGAAAAAUCCCAAAGGGAAAUCUGAGGACAGUUUGCUGAAAAAGUUUUACGAACCGAUACGGUACAGCUACAACGAUUUUGCCAACGUCGAUCAUCGGUUAAAGCUGUACCUGUAUCAGAAUCUGUUUGAGGAUGUUCACGAAUCGCUGAAAUGGCUCGUCUCGUGUGUGAUUUUCGACGAUAAUCGUGUCGAAGAGUGGCCAUCAGGUUUUGAUGGAUUGUUCAUCAUGUCGACCACCAAGUUCUACAUUAUGAAGAAAAUUGCCGCUGAAAACGAUGAUCCUUCAACGUGGCUGAAGAAACACCUUUCCGGGACGAUAGAUCGCGUUGGAAUAGCUCAAUCACUGCCAUGGAAGAUUGGAAUAAAAUUCAUUAUAAGUGCAAUCGGGGGAGUUCACAUCAUACUGCAGGACAUCCUUCGCACGGAUAAGCUGAUGUUGUUUUUUAACGAAAACCCUCUGCCGCAGUAUUGCACCGUCGAUUACCAACCAUCGGAUUUGUUGAACGGAAAGUUGAAGAAAGCAGCGAAGGACGAGCAGGUGAAGAUGGUAAUGAUAAUCAACUUUUGCGACGUGCUAGUGCACGAUGAGCUGGAGAGCGUGCAGCUGUCCACGCUGAUAGUAACAGAGAGCCGCUUGAUGCUGACGCCCGACAUCAGGUGGUUGAACGAAAGCUCGGCCUAUCCAGUGGAGCCCAAAUUUUCUCAACUCAUGACAAACGUUGUCGAGCUGGAGGAUUUGAACGAGCUGUCGUGUCGACUGAACUAUAUGGACGAGCAAGAGGACAAGUAUGAAACGUGGCGUCUGGACUUUGCUACACCGACGGCGAAAGAAAGCACCGUGAAUACCAUUUGUCAUUUGUGGGAAAAAAUCUUCGGCGUGCCUUUGGUGAACGAUGUUACGGCAGCAGGCGACAGUAACAGUGACAAAAACAACGGCAAUACGAAGAGUAACAAGUACGGUGUCAACAAUAGUAGCAAUAUUCGCUAAGUAUGUUUACUAUAGUGUAUUGAAUGUACGUGAGCUGAAGGAGUGUAGCAAUUGACGAUAUGACGGAGAGUAAUAAAAUAAAAGUGAUAUUAGCGAUACGGCUCGUAAAUAGUCUGUUCACUACAUUUUGUUACUCAUUAUCACUUAUUAUAACUAUUUCUUAUUUAUUGUUUUAUAACUAUUGAUUUGACUUUCGGGUUUAAAUACUGAACAAUAAAGCGAGAAUUGUUGAAUAGCAAA